AUCAAUCUCCUAUCCGCUCCCCAUUUCAAAAUCUUGUCCCCCUCGCUCACUUACAACGGCUCCGUUCUUCAGUGGUCUCCUUCCUCCUCCAGUGUCUAAGGGUUUCUAGAUAUCUUAUCUCCGAUGAAAGCCCUCCUUCAUACCAGAAGCGGUAGGGGUACGCCCUCCGAAACCUUAACUCCACCAUCUCAUAAACAGAGGCCGCCGAAGGUACCAAAGGAGAACGUCGAACCGAACAUGAUGCCCCCAGAAUCAUCUCUUUUUCGUUCUCCGCCGGUCUCCGGUAAGUCACCCUCCAUGAGAAUUCGUUGUCCCCUUCCUCCGCGGCCCCCGCUUCCCUCAGUCCCUCGCAAGAGGAAGCUGAGUUUGGAAACCCUGCCAGAAAAUGGAUCUGCAGCUCCGUGUCCCUGCGAUUCCGGCGUCCGGGUGUUGUUGCGGAUGAGGCCACUUAGCAAAGUGGAAGAGGAGGAGAAGGAGAGCCAGAUUGUGCAGAAGAUCUCUCUCAACUCCAUUUCAAUUCUUGAUCACACUUUCACCUUCGAUUCAGUGGCUGAUGCAAGCUCCACGCAGCAAGACAUUUUCGAACUAGUUGGGGUUCCAUUGGUGGAGAAUUGCUUGGCCGGGUUCAAUAGCUCCAUUUUUGCAUAUGGGCAGACUGGAAGUGGGAAGACAUACACCAUGUGGGGGCUUCCAAGUGCACUAACGGCUGAUUGCUUGUUGAGUCAAGAAAGGGGAUUGACACCUCGAGUGUUUGAACUGCUCUUCUCACGCAUAAAUGAGGAACAAGCUAAGCAUUCAGAUAAACAGCUAAUUUAUCAAUGCCAUUGUUCUUUUUUAGAAAUAUUCAAUGAGCAAAUUACAGAUUUGUUGGAUCCAAGACAAAGGAACCUUCAGAUAAGGGAAGAUAUUAGAACUGGAGUUUACGUGGAUUGUCUCACAGAGGAGUAUGUUUGCGAAAUGAAGGAUGUAAUUCAAUUGUUAUUAAAGGGGUUGUCAAACAGAAGGAUUGGGGCAACAAGCAUAAAUGUGGAGAGCUCACGAUCACAUUGUGUUUUCACUUGCGUUGUUAAGUGUCGUUCAAAGAGUAUGUCAGAUGGCCUUAGUAGCUUAAAGACCAGUAGAAUAAACCUUGUUGAUCUAGCUGGAUCCGAAAGACAAAAGGCCACACGUGCUGCAGGUGAACGUUUAAAGGAAGCAGGCAACAUCAAUCGUUCCCUUUCCCAACUCGGGAAUUUAAUUAAUAUUCUAGCAGAAGUUUCUCAGUCUGGAAAACAUAGGCACGUCCCUUAUAGAGACUCGAGGCUGACAUUUUUAUUGCAGGAAUCUCUCGGUGGUAAUGCAAAGUUGGCCAUGAUCUGUGCUAUUUCACCUUCAAAACGUUGCAAGAAUGAAACUUUUAGCACCUUGAGGUUUGCACAGCGUGCUAAGGCAAUAAAAAACCAGGCUGUUGUAAAUGAGACGAUGGAGGAUGAUGUUAGUGUCCUAAGAGAACAAAUACGUCAACUGAAGGAUGAACUUCUACGAAUAAAAUCAAAUGACACAUCUACAGAAAACAAUAGCAGAAAUUCUACUGGAUGGAAUGUCCAAAGAAGCUUGAAUCUUUUGAGAUUAAGCCUUUGUCGUCCAAGAACAUUACCACUUGUGGAUGAUGACAGUGAUGAAGAGAUGGAAAUCGUCAGGGAAGGAGUUGAAAUAACAUGUAUUGAGGCACAUUCAACCUCUGAUUUAGAAAAAUUUUGUGCUAAUGAGGAACCAAAUAGCUUGAAAGACCCGAAAGAUUUAAAACCUGAUAAUUCUGAUAAAGAACCUAAUCUUAAUGAUACAUACCCAACUCAAAUACAAGGUUCUGAUUUUCUAAAUGACCAAAAUAAAGAGAUAAUGAGCGUCGAAGGUUAUGAAGGACAGCAAACUGUAGCAGAAGACUUUUUAAUAAAAAGCCAAGAAAUAACAGAAAUUACAGACGCAGAAGUUUCGAUCAUUCCCGACAUAAAAGAGGACACAUUUCAGGACGUGUGUGAAUCAGUAACAAUCCUUGCUAAGAGAAAGUCAUUGGAUGUUAGCUGCAGUGAAAUUAUUGAGGAACAUUCUGUGGUUAUUGGUAGUGAUCCUGUAGGGGCCAAUGUUAUUGACAAUUCUCAUAACUCUUUUACUUCUCAAAGUCACGUUUCACCUUGCAGGCUUGACAUUACAGCAUGUGAAACAUCUUUGGCUCUCGAGUCACCCAUAUCAAGUAAGUCUCCUAGAUUUGAGAAUUGCAGUAGAAGUCUGAGGUCAUCAACAUUAAUUUCAGCAUUACCCAUGUCCAACUUGUCUCCUAGACUUGAAAAUUGUAGUCUGAAAAGUUUGAGUACAUCUUUAACUUCAGCAUCUCAGAAAAACAUAUCGUCACGUUUGGAACAUGAUUCAGGAGCAGUUACUGUUUCAUUUGCCGAUAACUUAAACCAUAAUAAUGCUGUUCAUCCCACUCUAUCCAGCAGGAAUUCGUUAUCAACGGCUGAACAACUUGCAGCAAGCUUACAACAUGGUCUUCAAGUCAUUGAUUGCCACCAUCGAACUUCAUCUGCAAGGAAUCCGGCAUUCCGGUUCUCUUUGAAACCAUUUGAUCCGAGGCUUCUGACCUCAACGAACAAGGUUGACAUUGGCAUACAAACAUUCUCGCAAGGAUCAUGUAUGUUAGAAGAUUCAUCUGCUUUUAUAUGUAGUUACUGCAAGAACAAUGCUUUGCCACUCGAAUGUGAUAAUAGCACUGAGCAGGCAGGAUUGCAAAUAGUGCCUGUGGAGGAUGGUCAAUCAGCUAGCAAGUUACAAUCUCUCAAUCGAUGCAGGAAGCUUGUGCCAAAAGCAGUGGAGAAGGUCUUGGCCGGUGCAAUUAGGAGGGAAAUGGCUCUUGAAGAUCACUGUGCUAAACAAGCUGCUGAAAUUAUGCAUCUAAAUCGUUUGGUCCAACAAUACAAACAUGAGCGUGAAUGCAUCUCAGUUAUUGAGCAGACCCGUGAGGAUAAAAUCUGCCGUCUAGAGGGUCUUAUGGAUGGUGUUAUACCAACAGAAGAGUUCAUGGAGGAGGAAUUUCUCUCCUUAAGAAACGAACACAUGAUGCUAAAAGAGAAAUUUCAGAAUCAUCCUGAAGUUCUACAUCUAAAGAUUGAAUUAAAAAGAGUUCAGAAUGAGCUGGAUGGAUAUAGAAACUUCUUUAAUAUGGGUGAAAGGGAUGUACUGAUUGAGGAAAUACAAGACCUAAAACGCCAGUUGCAGUGUUUCAUAGACUAUUCGUUGGCAUCAACAUGUGGUCGAAGUCCAUUGCUGCAGUUGACCCAUUCAACUGAACAUAUGUCAGCUCCUCUCACCAUGAUUCCUGAAACAAAAGAAGAAAGUGCUGAACAAAUCAUGGAACAGGAGAGACGCUGCUGGACUGAAAAGGAGAGCAAGUGGAUUUCUCUGUCUGAAGAGCUUCGAGCAGAACUCAAAUCCAGUCGUGCGCUUACUGAUAAAUGCAAAUCCGAACUUGAAUCUGAGAAGAAAUGCUCUGAGGAGCUAAAGGAGGCACUUCAAACAGCAUUAGAGGUUCAUACGCGAACUUUAGAACAAUAUGCUGAGCUGGAAGAGAGGCAUAUCGCUUUGCUUGGGAGGCAUCGGAAGAUGAGGGAGGGUAUAACUGAUAUGAAGAAUGCAGCAGCACGAGCUGGUGUGAAAGGUGCUGAUAAUAAACUCAUUGAAUCUCUUGCCGCUCAAAUUGAAGCUCUUAGGGCAGAGAGAGAAAAGGAGAGGCGGUACUGGAGAAAUGAAAACAAAGGUCUCCAGACUCAGCUAAGGGAUACUGCUGAGGCUUUAGAGGCUGCUGGAGAACUACUUGUUCGUUUGAAGGAAGCAGAAGAGGCUGUCACUACAACACAGGAACAAGUUUUAGCUGCGGAGCAGAGGACUGAGAAGGCCUAUCAGGAGAUUGCUGACCUGAAGAAAAAUUAUGAGACAGAAAUUGCAACACUAAAUCAAUUGCUGGAAUCGCGUUCUCUGAAAGAAGGGCCAUUUGAUAAUUCCUCAGCAGAAACUGGGCUCUACUCAUGGUUUUACAAUUAUGACCGCUGCAACAUAUAAAGAUUAGCGAUUUAAUGGAUGCAUCCGGCAUCAUAACCAGCUCAUCAUUAAUAGGUUCGGUUUACCUCUGCAGUGCUGCUUCGGGUUGCUGUUGAUAUCAAUUUUAUUUCUAUUCAUCCAAUUGGAUUCCUUUGGUUCUCAUGUCGUACAUAUCAUGAAUAUCAUGAAUAAUACUUCAUGACCUCUUUCGGCUCGAUUUUCCUGAUCCUAAAUGUAUAACCAUUAUGUUGCUCGACUAGAAAGGUUUAUGGUUUACCUUUGUUUUACGGUACAAAACUUGUGAACGAAUGACAUAAAAGAAAUAAGAGUAUCAGUGUAAAUUCGUUGUACUUCAUAACUUACUUUGGAGACAUGGCCCUGCAGAUUAAAGGUACCCUGUAAGGCUGUAACACUGUUUAUUCUUGGCUGUAAGGGAAACUAUUUAUUCUUAAAACAAAUGCCUUCUAAUUUCCUGGUUCCACACAACAUAAUCAUUAACCUAUU